AUGGCAACAUCACCCGUACCCCAAAACGUGACGCCAACCCCUACCGUGUCCGUGGCGCCAGCCAAGCACAAAUUCUGUGAGGUCUCUACGGUUACUCUCUUCGUCGGCAAGAGCAAGAAGCCCUUCUACGUCCAUCGUCAACCUCUAUGCGAUGCCUCGCCCGUUCUUCAAGGCAGCACUCGCAGGAAAGUUUCAAAGAGAGGCUCCGAAAAGCAAAGAUGCACCUCCGAAGAAGACGACGAGAGCACGUUCGAGCUUUUCGUAGACUGGCUUUACUGCCAGCGCUAUGAAAUGUUACCUGACGAUGGGGAUGAUGAGGACGACGAGGGCGACCACGUGGAUGAGAGGUUCCUGCAGCCUUUCCGAUUGUUUGUGUUUGCAGACAAAUACGACGUCUGCAAGCUGAAGAGACCUCGUUAUUGA